CUAAUUCUGUUACAAUUUAGAGUAUAUUCUAUUCUUUUCUGCUAUUCCUAGUUGUUUCAUUGUCUAUUUAUGUGUCCCAUAUGGCAGGAUUUGGGACAGAGGGUAUAACUAUGGUUACAAUGGGCGACAAGUUCUUUAUUUUAUGGUCAGAUCAUGUGGUUUGGGUGUGACCUUUGCUGCUAGUUCAAAUAUAACAAGGUCUGUUGUGAAGCAAGUAAGAUCUUUUUAUUUGAUUUGUUAUGUACUAUAUUAGCUAUAUAAUGUUUCUCCAAACAGAAAAAGAAGUGCAGAGUUCGCCUCGGGAUUGGGAGCCGCUGUCCAUCGCCGUUCCCAAUCCCACCCAAACUGACGUCAUUGGAUGCCAGCAUGGUAACUGCGUCAGUUUGGAAAAACCGGGAGAAGAAGAACGUAAAGGAUCACCACCAACUUGAUUCUUCCUUUGUCUCUUCUUUCCAUUUGAAACCGUCUACAACAUCUCUGACACCCCUCGACCCCUUGUCUGGCCGAACACCAAUCGGCGCUGCAUCCCCCUCACCCCCUGGAUCCCCUGCCAGAUCCCCUUCCACUCUCUCCAAGUUCUUCAGCCUCUCUUCCCUCUCCUCUCUCCACAUGUCAUCUGUCUCUUCUUCUUCUUCAGAGGAAGGAUCACAGACCUCCUCCCCUUUUAGUGCUUCCUCUGUUUCCCUGGCUGUCUCAACUCAGCCAUCCUCCUCUGCCACUCCCCCCAGUCCUGCCUGCCCUUCCUCCACAACCCACGUCUCCUCCCUGCCCCCCAGUCCUCCUCUCCAAACCCCGUGGACCACCAUGGAGAGACCAACAAAGACAGUGAGACUGCCAGAGAUCUUAUGAGCUCUGAGGUCAAAGAGGUGGGGGCAUUUGUUCCACAGACAAAGAGAAUGGUACCCCGAUUUGCUGGCAUCGCAGAGGCCUCCAUUGACCUGAGGGAUUCCUCUGUCUCCUUGGAGAGGCCAUUGGUCAGACCUCGGGAAGCCAUGGCUCGCCUCCCAAACCUGUUCAGCAAGAGUAGCACCCAGCUGGGGGAGCAGAGCUGCACAGGCGAGGGCGAAGACAACACCAAGCUCCUCGGGUUGCCUAAUAUUGGCAACACCUGCUUCAUGAACUCUGCUCUGCAGUGCCUGCUGGGGCUGCCAGCAUUUUGCAGAGACAUCCUGAGACAGCAGGACACCUGGAGUUCCUCCCCCUCCUCUAAACUGCUAUGCUGCUUUGCCGAGUUACAUCAGGCAAGGCUUUCUGGAGGCACUGUCAAUGCUAAGAAAAAGGAAAAGAUGAAAAUCCUUCAAACAGUCAAGCGCUGUCUCUCCGUUGUCAAUGAGGACUAUGAGGACGACGGUGAACAGGAUGCCCAUGAAUGUGUGUUGCUCCUCCUCUUUCAGCUGAAGGAGGAGGGUAUGGCAUUAAAGGGCUCCCCAGAGCCAUACACCUGCCCCGUGAAGCAGUUAGAAUUCAAGCUGAAGACUUUCCGUACCUGCACCAGCUGUGGAGUUAUAGUGUAUGGUCAGGAGGAUUACAAUCACCUGUCACUGAACCUGAGCCAAGACCUGACACACAGCCUGGACCUCUACUUUAAGCCAUCUGCAUUAGAGUGUGCAUGCAGGGUGUGCUCAGGCAGCAUGGCAUCUGUGACUAGGCACUUCCUCACGCUGCCCCGGGUCCUAAUGCUUCAUAUCAAGCGGUUUACUGCAGGCAACUGGGAGCCAGAGAAGGUGGAUGAUCCCAUAUCCAUCCCUGCAGAACUGACCCUCCCAGCCGUAUGUGGGGCGACAGCCCCUGUCCAGCAUGGAGCCAGGGCAAGCUCCAUGGGGAAAAACAACAUGGACAACACACCUGCAAACUCCCCGAAAGGCACCCUUGAUAGACCAGCUUCAAAUUCCUCUGACCAGCUAGAGAAACCAGCUGUUAGUGAGAAAGAGCAGCAGGCAGCCGCUGUGAGACACCAGCCAGACAAUAUCUACAAAUUGUCAAGUGUGAUCUCACAUCUGGGAGACAACAUGUGUACAGGUAAAAUGCACGCACGCACACACAAUUCUGAAAGCUUAAUGUACACUCUAUUCUGUUUCCCUUGUUCCCUAGGCCACUACAUCAGUGAUGUUUUGGACAGCCGUGGCAGUGGGUGGCUCUGCCUGGAUGACGCACAUGUCUUGAGGACAGAUGAGGCCACUGUGCUGAGGGCAACGGCACAGACUGCCUACAUCCUGUUCUAUGUCUGCAGUGGAGCAGGUGAAGGAGACCAGGCCCCUCACUACUAGGAGAAGCACCAGGAGAACCCAUCGUUAGGGGCACAGCGCUCAGGGACCACCUGGAGUAGCACCUACCGCACACCAAGAAACAUCAGAUUCAUCGAAUUAGGAUGCCCUAGACCACCAUCAAGCUGCCCUAGACCACCAUCAAGCUGCCCUAGACCACCAUCAAGCUGCCCUAGACCACCAUCAAGCUGCCCUAGACCACCAUCAAGCUGCCCUAGACCACCAUCAAG